UGUGUAUGGUACAACUUCCGUGUGACCCACGUGUUUAGGUUAGCACAUGCAAAGGGUUCUGAUCGCGUUAGAAGAAGACAAUUCAAAUCAAGUAUCAUCAUGAGGCCGUUGACGGAUGAAGAGACAAAAACUAUGUUUGAGAAGCUUUCGAAAUACAUUGGUGAAAACAUCAAACUCCUUGUAGAUCGGCCUGAUGGGGUUUACUGUUUCAGACUACACAACGACCGUGUGUACUACAUGAGUGAGAAAAUCCUCAAAUUGGCUACAAACGUUGCCCGAGACAAGCUUGUCUCUGUUGGAACCUGCUUUGGUAAAUUCACGAAGACUGGAAAGUUCCGUCUGCACAUCACAGCUUUGGAUUUCCUCGCACCAUAUGCAAAGUUCAAGGUCUGGGUGAAACCAGGAACGGAGCAGUCGUUCCUCUAUGGAAACCAUGUGUUGAAGUCCGGACUGGGAAGGAUUACGGAGAACACAAAUCAGUACCAGGGUGUAGUGGUCUACUCCAUGGCAGACGUGCCCCUGGGUUUUGGUGUGGCAGCCAAGACGACGCAGGAGUGCCGGCGGAUGGAUCCCAUGUCUAUCGUGGUGUUCCACCAAGCGGACGUGGGAGAGUUUAUCAGGAACGAGGAUACAUUGACAUAAAAUCUAUUCGACUCCUUCUUGACCUGCGUUAACAUGACUUCCCCCUCAUUCUCUAUCCAGUGCCACUUCUGUACCUUUCCUCAAUUAAGUCUCAUCUUUUGUAAAAAAUAAAGUAAUCAAUUUUGACUUCAGAACGGAACUGUCGUAGGUUAAAUAUCCUUGUUUCUGCAGCGCAAACGAUUUAAAAACAGGAACAAAUUUCUUAUAUUCAUAAAGUGAGCUUUUCUGUUCACACCAACUUCAACCUUUUCAUUGUUCUCCAUCUGUCCUUUAAGUUGACAUUUGUUCUGUUUUCAAACUUGUAUUUUCCCAUGAUCUUUGCCCAAUUUCCCUCACCAAACCUGGCUACUGCUUCUUUUAAAAUGUUGCUCUCCUCCUCUGACCAGGACUGGAAAACAAGACAUGGGUUUAGAGCCGAGUUAAAUUGUAAAGUGAAGUUAAUGUAAAAAUAUAGCUUGACUACAGUAAAAAUAACUCUAUAAUCCACUACCCUGAGGAAGUAAUGAUACUUAAAAGGUAUGUCUAAGGUUAUGCAGAAUACUCCUCAAUAAGGUAAACAUGGUGAAGAACAGACUCGAUAAGAAUACCAUUCAGGACAGCUCCUCUUACCUUUUUGCUGUUUGACCCCGAAUACAUGUCGUUUUUCGGCGCUGUUUUUUUUUUUUUUUUA